UUAAAGGUGGGCUUGAUCAAAUCAUACAAACUAACAAGAUUGAAAAGAAAUGUCGAAUUCAAACAACCACCCAUUUCAACCUACCCCCACCACCACCACCACCUGUUGCCCGAUUAUCAUGGUCAUGGUUCCAUUUACGGCUCAGAGUCACCUCAACCAGGCCUUACAACUCUCUUUUCUCAUCUCCUCGUACCAAAUCGAAGUUCAUUAUGCCGCCUCUUCCGAACACAACCGUCAGGUCAAGCUCCGGUUCAACGGGGGAGACCGAUCCGAUUUAUCUAAAAUUCACUUCCAUGAUUUACCCAUGCCUCGUUACCUCUCCCCAUUACCAGACCCUAAUUCAACAACAAAGUUCCCUGCACAUCUCCAGCCAUCUUUCGACGCCACUCUGCAUCUUCGCCACCCAGUUGGCACCCUUCUCCGACAACUCUCCGCCACCGCAAGAAGACUCAUCGUCAUCCACGACACGCUUAUGAGCUUCGUUGUUCAGGAUGUUUCCGACAUUCCAAACGCUGAAUCCUACGCUUUCAGGUGCGUAUCUGUCUUCUCCAGUUGCUGCAUCAAAUCCCUUGUCAGAGGAGAAUCAAUACCCCCCGUGGAAGAGUUUUUCGUCACUAAUGAUUUCCUGAGAUUAGUCGCGGCUCAAUCCGAAUUCGUUAAAAUUAAAAAAGGAGAUAUUUAUAACAGUUGCAAACAAAUGGAAAGUGCCUAUCUUGAUUUAGUCGCCAAGAACGAGCCCAACGUAAACAAUAAACAAUGGGCUAUCGCGCCAUUAAUUAAUCGUGUUAGAAUCAUAAAUCCAACAUUCGGAAACGAAUGCUUGCUGUGGCUUGAGAAACAGCCGCCAAAGUCUGUGAUAUACGUUUCAUUUGGGUCAACGAUUUCAAUGACAGAUGAACAAAUUGAAGCGUUGGCGUUCGGACUCAAAGAAAGCAAACAAAGAUUCAUAUGGGUGUUGAGAGAUGCAGAUAAAGCUGAUAUUUUUACAGGAGAAGAUAGGAAUCUAAAGCUUCCAAAAGGGUUUGAAGAGAGUGUGAAAGAAACUGGAAUGGUGGUUCGGGAUUGGGUUCCCCAAAUGGAAAUAUUGGCCCAUGGGUCGGUUGGUGGGUUUAUGAGCCACUGCGGAUGGAAUUCUUGCUUGGAGAGCUUGGGCUUGGGAGUUCCUAUAGCCGCAUGGCCGAUGCAUUCGGACCAACCUUACAAUGCUGUGUUGAUAACUGAGAUUUUGAAAGUGGGUGUUGAAGUUAGAGAAUGGGCAGACAAAAGUGAGGUAGUGAGUUCUUGUACCAUUAAGAGAGCGGUUGAAAUUCUGAUGGAUUCGGAAGAAGGAGAAAAGAUAAGGAAAAGGGCGGAGGAACUCGGCGGUGUUCUUAGGGAUGCGGCUGAGGAAGGAGGUGUUUCGAAAAUGGAGAUGGAUUCUUUCAUUGCUCAUAUAACCAGGUAAGGUAAGGUAUGUUUUUUUUGUGUAGAUUAUCAACUCUGAAUUUGGAUUAUGGGUCUGGGUCUGGAUGGGAAUGAAAAUUUACUUGUUAAUGGAUUUAUGAAUAUGGGUCA